CCUGCUGGAAAUCCGCCGCGUUGCGUGGAGCUUGCCAGUUGGUGUCUACCCUCUCAAAGAGAAUUGUUUCUUGGACGUUGCUGUUAGAAUUCGAAUCACCAGGAGGUAUCAGACAGUUUCUGCCUCGGAGAGUCUCUCGUCAAAUAGAAAAAUCGCUGUUCGUGUCUUGCAAGUCUCCGGAGCCUCCAUAUGCGGCAUAACCCCUGGUCUUCUGUCUCUGGCAGCUGAGCUGCCACAUCCCUCUGAGAAGUCUUCCUUGACCUUCCUCUGGGCACUAAGCAGAGAGUUCAGAGUCCACUGGAGAGGUGGCCAAGCAUGAUCAGCACAGACAGGCCUCAGAUGGAGUCCUGGCCCUAGGAUUUCCUUCUUCAGUGAUGUCCAGCAAGGUGACCGUUGGCAGUGACAUUGGGCAAGCCCGCCGGGCCGUGGAGCAGCUGCGGAUGGAGGCGGGCAUUGACCGCGUGAAGGUAUCCAAGGCAGCUGCCGACCUGCUGCAGUUCUGCACAGAGCAGGCCAAGAGCGACCCCUUUCUCGUGGGCAUCCCAGCCGCCACCAACCCCUUCAAGGAGAAGAAGCCCUGUGCCAUUCUGUGAACCCUGCAGCCCGGACCACCCAGGGGCCUCAAUGAACAUCAAAGCCGGUGCCCCGCAACAAGAGAAGCCACGGCAAUGAGAA